AUGGGCAAGCCACGCCUGAUCAUCAUUAUCCGUCAUGCCCAGUCAGAGGGCAACAGAGAUAAAACAAUCCACCAGAAGACCCCGGACCACAAGGUUGGGCUGACCGAAGAAGGACAUCGACAAGCUCUAGAAGCCGGCGAGAAACUGCGUGCUCUUUUACGAACCGACGAUACAUUGCAUUUCUUCAUAUCACCAUACAGAAGGACCAGAGAGACCACUGAAGGCAUAUUGAACGGCCUGUGCGCUAAUGAUCCCGUCCCGUCACCUUUCCAGCGAUCACACAUCAAAGUGUACGAGGAGCCGCGACUGAGGGAGCAGGACUUCGGCAACUUCCAGCCAGGUACGGAAGAAACAGAGAGACUUUGGCGGGAGCGCGCAGAGUACGGCCACUUCUUCUACCGCAUACCCAACGGCGAGAGUGGAGCUGACGUCUAUGACCGAGUAUCGUCCUUCAACGGCUCGCUGUGGCGGAGAUUUUCCGAAGAUAGCAUGGCCAGCGUCGCCAUCCUUGUCACCCACGGCCUAUGCAGUCGAGUGUUCUUGAUGGCGUGGUAUCAUUACAGUGUCGAAUUCUUCGAGGACCUGCGGAACAUCAACCACUGUGAGUUCCUGGUCAUGAAACAUGGCCCCAGUGGACGAUACGUACUUCAGAACCAACUACGGCGAUGGUCGGAUCUCAGGAGGGAGCGUGCUGCUGCUAGGAAAAACAGUCUUUCUGCACCCCCUGAAUCUAUUCCAACGAUCCCUGUGAGGCGGUGGACACAGUCCAAGAGUGCGCAUGAUCCCACUGGAGCUAGUUUCAUUCCGCGGCCAACCAGGAAGAAUACGGCAGACAUGUUCAAGGACGAGCCAGAAAUGACAGAAGAAGGCGGCGACGACAAACGUACUCCCAAUGCGUCACCGACCCAGAGACGGAGGAGUCGGGGGCCGAGCGCCACCAGAGAAAUAAGUCGCACCAGGGUUCGGUCCUCCAGCAAUCUCCGCAACUCGUUCAGCAACCUGUCUGUAGAUACUGGGAGGAGAGGCGGCGUGAAGUCAUAUCUGGGCAGAGAUGGAGGCGGAACAAGGUCGGGCCAGGGCUCGCCGUUCGGCUCGGAUGAUGAGCUCGAGGUCGAAAGCCCCGGAGGAACUUCUCAGACCGUCGCCAUUCAGUCUCUCUCAAGUUCGCCGGAAACGGUCAAGAAGUCGUUCUCUGGCUCACUCGCUCGCGCUCUGAGAGGCGAGUUGGACGACCCUAACAGGAAGCUGGCCGACGCGCUGGGCGAUCAAAGUGAUGCGGAGGUUCAGGAGGCUGAUCUGGAAAUUGGGACUCAGGAGCGAGUCACUGGCGAGAUGGAGCAGAUCUUGGAAGAGGAACGACGUGAGAGGAGCGCCUACACGCUUAAGUAG